ACCAUGGGCACGCUGCGGCCGCCCGGGCGGACCCGGCGAGAGGCGGCGGCGGGAGUGGCGGUGAUGGACCCGUCUGGGGAGCAGCCCAGAGGCGCGGGGCCCACCAGCUCUGAGCAGAUCAUGAAGACAGGGGCCCUUUUGCUUCAGGGUUUCAUCCAGGAUCGAGCAGGGCGAAUGGGGGGGAACACACCCGAGCUGGCCCUGGAGCAGGCGCCCCAGGAUGCAUCCACCAAGAAGCUGAGCGAGUGUCUCAAGCGCAUCGGGGACGAACUGGACAGUAACAUGGAGCUGCAAAGGAUGAUCGCAGCCGUGGACACAGACUCCCCCCGUGAGGUCUUUUUCCGAGUGGCAGCUGAAAUGUUUUCUGACGGCAACUUCAACUGGGGCCGGGUUGUCGCCCUUUUCUACUUUGCCAGCAAACUGGUGCUAAAGGCCCUGUGCACCAAGGUGCCCGAGCUGAUCAAAACCAUCAUCAGCUGGACGCUGGACUUCCUUCGAGAGCGGCUGCUGGGCUGGAUCCAAGACCAGGGUGGCUGGGACGGCCUCCUCUCCUACUUUGGGACCCCCACGUGGCAGACAGUAACCAUCUUGGUGGCCGGAGUGCUCACCGCCUCGCUCACCAUCUGGAAGAAGAUGGGCUGAGGCCCGGGCGGCCUCGGACUGUGUCUUUUCUGCAUAAAUUAUGGCAUUUUUCUGGGAGGGGGGGUGGGAUUGGGGGA